GUUUCCACUGGAGAAUAUGCGUUGACGCCAUAUUGUGCUAUUUGCGUCAAAUACUAAACGAGACUUACAUCCUACCCGCUUCAAAAUGAAACAAAAUACCUCAAAGUCACAGCUGCAAUCUUCUAAAAUGUACUUUUUUUGUUGCUGCUUUUGAGCUUAGUUCCCAUAAUGCUAGUUGUCUGCAGCUAAUGUGUUUCUAAUACAUCAUUCUUGCCAAACGCAGUUAAGCUAACGGUUGUAAAUUUACUUUUGGGCUGUUUUGUGCUACCUUCAACAAAGACACGAAAUCUUUUCCCCUAGAGGGAUCGAGCCAUCAGUGUCUGGGCUUUCUGGCUGAGAUGGAAGCAGUCAGCACUGAAGAAGGAGCGAUCAGGACGGCCAUCCUGUGAAGAAAGGCACAGAGCUGAUCCACCUGAACAAAGAGAAGGAGCAGCUUCCAGUCUUUAUCAUCAGUCACCUACAGGGGAAAAACAUCUGUUUUAUACAGCUGAAGAUACAAAAAGAGCACUGUCAACAAAAUGGGACGUAUCUUCUUGGAUCACAUCGGCGGGACUCGCCUCUUCUCAUGUGCCAACUGUGACACCAUUCUGACCAAUCGAGCAGAACUCAUCUCCACACGCUUCACUGGAGCCACUGGUCGAGCAUUUCUGUUCAACAAGGUUGUGAAUCUGCAGCACAGUGAGGUGCAGGACCGAGUCAUGCUCACAGGUAGACACAUGGUGCGAGACGUCAGCUGCAAGAACUGCAACAGCAAGCUGGGCUGGAUGUAUGAGUUUGCCACAGAGGAGAGCCAGCGCUACAAGGAGGGCCGAGUCAUCCUGGAGAGGGCGCUGGUGAGGGAGAGUGAAGGCUUCGAGCAUGUUCCUCCCGACAACUCCUGAGUUCACAUCUUCUGCUACAAAAGUGCUCAACACGUGCUUACUGCAGCUUUUCUGUUUGCAGCAGUGCAUGGACAGUGUGCCAUCUCUAAGUGUAGCUACACCAAAAUAAAUCAUCGGCUGGGUCUUUGGGAAAAGAUUUCCUCAUCUCUGAACAUCUGAGAAUGUUUUCUAUGAUGGGUAGUAACAUCAUCACUUCUCCAUCCCUUUGAAAACAUUUGCACCUGCUAAAUGUGCCUAGCAAGCUGUGAUGUUAGUGAAAUGUGUUGCUGUGGGGAGAUUCUGGCUGCUGUCAGAGGAAAGGGAUUCACUCCUGCUGCUGUACUAGGAGCUCAAAGAGAGGCAGGUUCAAAAUGGUGAUUCCUGAUUGUUAACAGAGGAUUGAGUCAGUAUUACAUACAAAUACACGUAUGAGGUUAACUUUAUUAGGCAUGGCAUCAGAAUAGACUACUUUAUUUUACAUCAUAAUGAAUGAUUUUAAAGUUAAACUGUAAUGUCAAUACUCUCUGAAUGCAGACAUUGCAGCAAUCUGUUUACGUUAUCCUGACCUAGUGUUCUUUUAAAAUAACCUGAACAUUCAAAUUUAACUGGAGUUUGUUUUUAUUACUCAUGUUUGAAAAGACAAGUGAUAAUGAUGUGUUGUUGUAAUCAAAAGUAGGCCACAUUUCUUUGCAUUAAGACAGAAAUAAAUUAA